GUGAAAUCUGUAGAUUACUCUGGUGAUAAAGUAGUGGUCAGUUCUGAAAAUGGCCAGAAGUGGACAGCAGACAAGGUGAUAAUCACUGUUCCACUGUCCCUACUUCAGAAGUCUGUGAUAUCAUUCACCCCAAGUUUACCUGAACAUAAAGUUAAGGCUUUCCACAAACUAGGGACAGGUGUAACAGAAAAGAUUGCCUUACAGUUCCCAGAGAGGUUCUGGCAGAACAAGGCAAAAAGAGCAGGUUUUUUUGGCCAUGUGCCUUCAGAUGAAUCUCAGAGAGGCCUUUUCAGUAUGUUCUAUGAUCUCACGCCAAAGGAUAACCCUAGCAGCCCUUUUGUCCUGAUUAGCCAGUUGAGUGGGAAAGCUGUGGAAGUUCAGAGGGAGAAGACUGAUGAGGAGAUUGUCAAAUGCUGUGUGGGGGUUUUAGGAAAAUUAUUCCCUGAAAAGCCAAUCCCAGAACCUGAGAAGUGGUUUGUUACCCGCUGGCACAGUAUGGAGAACAUAGGCAUGGCGUACAGCUACGUCCCUAUUGGCAGUGGUGGUGACACCUAUGAUAUUGUUGCUGAGGAUGUAGACCAGAGAGUUUUCUUUGGUGGAGAGGCCACCCACCGUCAGUUUCCACAGACAGUGACAGGAGCCUAUCUGAGCGGAGUGAGAGAGGCAGCCAAAAUUAUCACACUUCCAGACACAGUAGAAUCAUGACACUGCAUGUACUCAUGCCCCUAGGCAGAGAUGGUGGUGACACCUAUGAUAUUGCUGUGGGGAAGAUGAUAAAAAUAUUUAAUGUCAGGGGAACUAUGUUUUAGGUCACAGAAGAGUUGUUGUACAUGUAUACCAUAGGACUUUCAACUUUAGAUAUGAGUUAUCUGUUUGAGAUGAAAAAAAACAGCCAUCAUAAAAUGUUCCUGUAGGAUGUCCUGUAGGACUCAGUGGAACUCAGUAGGACUCCUGCAUGACUCUAUGGGACUCCUACAUGACUAACUCGAUCCUACAGGACUGAAUGGAACUCGUACAGGACUCUAUAUGACUCCUACAUUACUCUAUAGGACUCCUACAGGACUCUAUUGGACUCCUACAGGACUCUUUGGGACUCCUACAGGACUCUAUGGGACUUAGUAGGAAUUCUAUCAGUUCUAUAGGAAACAUAUGUCCUAUAGGAUUUGGGGUUAACUCAUUAUAAAACCCUGUAUGAGAUAUCCCUUAGAAAGGUGAAGAAAUCACAGCUUGACCUCCAGCUCCCAUUAUUGGCAGAAUAAACAAAUAAUCCCAGCUUAGAAUUAAUUGUGCAGAAUUUGAGUGCAAAAAAGCAUAUAAGCAGUGCAUUUAUUAUCUCACAGGGAAUAUAUUUCACAACUGCAUAGCUUUGUCACAUCCCACCACACUGCCACAUUAUUCAGUAUUACAUUUGUAUUUGUGUAGAAGCUCAUACUGUACAAUUAUGUAAAUCAUGUAAGGCAGU